AUCAUCAUAAUCAGCAUAAUUAUUUUCAUCAUUACUUGUUACAAAUCACAAUUGUCUAAAUGUGGGUUACUCAUUCAAUAUCAUUUUGUAAAUAUAACAAUUACUUAAUUAUUAAACAACAAUUAACUUGAGAGUUAAUCAUUUUUAACAUUUUUCCCAAAGAAAUAGACUUUAAAUGAUUAAUCAACCAAUUAGUUGAUUUAAAUUGCUCCGUAAUCCUCCAUUUGCUUUUAAAAGUUAAUCACAUUAAAUUAUUUCCAUGUUGCUUGUAACAUUGAAAGUUAUGGUUUCAAUUGAUUGUGAUGAUUUAUCGUUUACAAUUAACUCGUCAGGUCUUUCCGUUAAUUAGCUUGUUGUAAAUCUUUGGGUCAAGUCUAAUGAGGAAAAAAAGACCAGAGUGGGAAAAAGAGACAGAGGAAAAAGAAGACAAAGAGAAAGAGAGAGAGAGAGAUUGUAUCCAUAGUGAAGUAAAUCAAGUUGAUUGUAGUGUAAUUAAACUCGUUGAUUGUUUAACUGUUCAAGUGGGUUAAGAUAAUGGCCUCCAAACGAUUGGUCAGUUUGUUAUUGUUCAUGCUUCAUCUAUGGUCCAGUGUUUCCCUUGAAAAUGUUACAAAUCAAACUGCUUUCGACUCAUCACUUGAUAAAUUGUCUUCUGAUUAUGCAAUUGUUUAUGUUGAUUUACUAAUCCGUGGAUUGGAAUAUAAUCAAGGUGGAUUUAAUUGUCUUGAUGAUUUACGUCGUUUGGCUAAGAACCUCGAGAAAAAUGAUCCAACAGCAAAGAAAAUGGUUGAUUACUCUGGUCGUGUUCCAGCUCAAUCAAGUAAAUCAUUCAUUGAUUUCGGUUCGUAUCAACAAUGCAUGAAACUUAAAUCAUCUGGUUACUGUUUGAUAACGGGAACAUCAAAUGAUAACCUGAUCCAAUCGGUUGAUCAAUUAGCUUGGCAUGAGAAAAAUUCGACAAUUAAUUAUAUGCUCGAUUUAGAUCAUCAUCUAAAUGUUACCCGAAAAGCGUCGCUUCUUCUGGGACUUUGUCUUCCAACCAAUUGUGCGGGCGACGAUGUUGAGACUCUUUCAUCGACACUUUUAUCUCACACCAAUUUAACGAUUCGUCUUGAUCGCUGUGAAAAACCUCAGCCCACGCCGAUUAAAUUAUCACGUCAUGAAGUUUUCGCUCUCAUUUACUUGGGCUUCCUGGUUGUCUGUCAUUUAAUGGGUCCAUGUAGCACAAGUGAUAAACCUUUGUCCGCGUUUAAUAUUGCCGAAAGUUGGAAGUCAUUUAUUGGAAAAUCAACUCGUAAUCGCGAUGAUCAGGUCAAUUCUAUUUAUGGCCUUAAAGCACUUUGCAUGGGAGCUCUGGUUCUCGGUAAUCUUCAAUAUCUUACCGCUAUCCCAUCGAAGUUCAAUCCAGUUGAUGUUAAGGGUAACAAUUACCCGCUAAUUGGUUCACCGGUCAACACUUAUUUACAUUUGAUGGACACUUUUUUUUUCAUCUCCGGUUUUCUUUCAUUACGAUCGGCUUAUUCUAGAUUACGAAGCAUCAAAUCAAGGAAAGUGAUCUUUGUCCGAUGUUUCAAAUACUCUUCCAUGAUAACGGUAACGGUUGCCCUUUACUUUGCCCUUUUCAAUGGUUAUGUCAAGUCAAAAGUCGCUGGUCCACUAUGGGAAUCGGUUUUCGGGGCAAGGGACAUUAUACCCGCUUGUAAGGAUCACUGGUGGUCCGAGAUUUUGCUAAUUGAUCUUUGGCGAUUUAAUUAUAACCAUUGUACUUUAUCCUCAUGGUAUUUGGGCAUUGACUUGCUCAGUUUCUCAUCUUCCCUUUACUUUGUGAUCCCUUGGCUUGAGAUGAAACUUAUCAUGAUAAUUUUAGUGAUUCUUUCCUUUGGUUCAGGUUUAAUUGCUGCUGGAUUCAGUCUGUACAAAAUUAAUUAUCCAUCAACAAUUGUCUCUAAUCAGUUAUUUACUCCGGGUUAUUUUGAUUUCAUCAAUAUUUUCCUUUCAAAACCAUGGAUCCAUGGAGUAUGUUACAUGAUGGGAGUUCUAACUGCUUUUCAUAUGAGAAAACCGAGACAAAAUUUAUCCAAGUUGAAACAAAGAGUAGGCACUUUUUUAUCCAUUGGUUCAUUUGUUUUCGUUCAUUGGCUUGAGUCUUCUUGGUCAUCAUCAUCAUCUUCUUCUCAGUCCUCAUCUUCACCUUCUUCUCUUCCAAAUCGAUUCACGUUAAUCGCUUAUGGAAUUUGUAUUCGUCUCUCUUGGGCUGCUUCUUUUGGUUGGAUAAUUUAUUUAAUCGAAAGUGAAAACCAAUUUAAAUGGAUUAAUCGUUUCCUUUCUCAACCCUUUUUCCGUUCUCUUUCUAAACUUAACAUUUCACUUCUAUUAACCAAUUUCCUUGUUAUUCGACUUCGUAAUGCAACUCAUCAGUUUCCUGUGAGCACAAUGAUGAUAAUUGAUUGGUUAAUUUACCAUCUAGCACCCAAUUUAAUUCUAAUUUACGGGUUGGCACUACUUUUAACCUUAACAGUUGAAAUACCAGCAACACGAGCAGCAAUUAAAUCAACAGGAAUACCAGAAAAAGGAGGAACUGGACGAAUAUUAACUCGACCACAAAUUUACAGCGAUAUUAAGGUGAUUAAUAACACAAUUAGUCAAGAAGUUGCCAAAAAUGGUCCAUACCAGGUAAACUUUGAUAGAUCAGCAAUUCAUUCAGUUAAAUUUUGAAAGCAUUUCCGCUGUAAUGAAAUAAUAAAAAUUACAUAUAAAUUAUUA